AUGCGCGGGGGCUUCCCGGGGCUCUCCCUGGCGCUGCUGGCUGCGGAGCGCGCUGCGAGGCUCAGCACCAUCAUCCACUACCUGGCGCGGGGGCAGCUGGGCUGCUUUUGGCUCACCAUCGCCUGCCUGGCACCCGGCUACGUGCCUCAGCUCCUCAGCAUCCUCUGGUUCAGGGCAGACGGCCAGCCGCCCGGCUGCGGGCUCCUGGUCCUCCACGUCCUGCAGCUGGGCCUCUGGAAGCGGUACUGGGAUGUUUCGCGGCUGGAGGCGAAGGCGGGCGGCAGCGCCGGUGCCGGGGAGGUGCUGCUGCAGCUCGGGGACGUCUGCGUGCUGAGGCUGCUGGAGGCCCUGCUGCAGACCCUGCCUCACCUCCUGCUGCAGGCGUACGUCGUCGUGGCCGUCGAGCCCACCAGCGUUGUCCCCGGUGUCAGCGCUGGGCUGUCCCUGCUGUCCCUCUCCUGGGCGUUGGUGUCCUACAGCCGCUUCUCCUGCCUGCUGAAACCCGGCCACGUCCGCCUGCCGGCCGCAGCCCUGCUCUGCCUGCUGCUCUGGAGGACGGGGAUGCUGGGGACCCGCGUCCUGGCCCUGGUGCUCUUCACCAGGCUCUAUUCCUGCUGGGUUUUGGCUGUGGCAGGCAUCCACUGGCUGCUCAUGGCCUUCUGGCUGGUGGCCCAGCAGACGGACAUCGUGGCCCAGCCGUGCCGCUGGAGGCUGUUCAAUGCCCUGGUGGGAGCCGUGUACGUCUUCUGCUACGUCAACGUCCAGCCGGGUGCCUCCAGGCACAGGGUGGCUGUGUUUUACCUGGUGAUGCUGGUGGAAAACACCCUCCUGCUGCUGCUGGCCACCGAGUUCCUGCAGGCAGAGACGAGGCACAGCCUGGGCGUGACCGGGGCCGUCUUGUCGGGGUCUGCCCUAGGCGCCGCGGCUCUGGUGGUUUAUUACAGCCUGCUCCACCCCAAGUCCGCGGAGAUCUGGGAAGGCUUCCUGGAGAAAUCCUGCCGGGCCGCGGCUGCCGGUGACGAUCGGGCUGCUGGGAACAGCUCCCAGACGGGGCAAAGUUUGGGAAUUUCGGGAGAUGGCGAGUCCUUGGAGGUGGAAGGGACCACAGUGGCUCCCAAAAAGGAGAAUGGCUCGUCGCUCCUGCAUGUUGGAGGGUGCUUGGAGGACGGGUGGACAAACCAUCACCACUGGCUGCUGGUGAGGCUGGCCUUGAAGACGGGGGACAUGUCCCAGAUCAACGCAGCUUUUGGGGAUGGUGGCGUGGGAGAGGUGUACGCGGGCAAAGCCAGGCCUGGGGCAGAGCUGUGCCUCCCCACGAGGGAAAUCGCUCCCGUGCGUCUCGGAUCCGAUCUGACCGAUGCGAAAUUGGUGGUGGUGAGAAACGGAGGAGGCAGCAAAGGCGAGGUCGGUGCUGAAGGAGCAGCACGGGAGGAGAGAGCAGGGCAGGAGCCUGGUCCUCGCCCUGCCACCUCCCUGCCCAGCAGCUCCUCCCCGCUCCCGGACGAGGUUUCCUCCGUGUACUUCACUGCCGACGCUAGAGGCAUCACCUCUGCCGGUGUGGUGACGGCGACGGCCACCUCCUCGACCCUGCUGCAAGGGGACGAGGAAGCCCAGCCUCCCCCAGGCUGCCUGGCAGGAGGAGGAGGAAGAGGAGAGGAUUCAUCCCUCGGGAUGGCGAGCAUCAGCCCGAUCCUGGGCUCCUGCGCCCACCGGCAUCUGCAGAGCAGCUCUUCCCUCUGCAGGACAAGUGGCUGCGGGGCAGCAGGGCCCCCCGGGACCCCCAUGGGGUGGCAUCACCUUCAGGACACCCAGCAGGGGACCGCCCCGAGGAGCAAGCUGAGGCCGCCGCGCUUCACCUCCACCCCCAAGGCUGACCCUAAACCCUGCUGCCGGGCAGACGUGGUCCUACGUGGUGAGGAAAUCGCCUCCCCUCCUGGAGCAUCUCCUGCUUCUGGAGAGCCUCAGCAGCUGGAAUAG